UUAAUUGAUCUAUUCUAUAAGAACUAAGCAUAUCUACAGAAGUAUUUUAGUGUAUUUUUAAAGACCGGUUAGUUAAGAUUAUAUAGUUAAGAUACAGUAUGGCUUACAGAUUAGUUAUCAGUUUAAUUUGGUUUGGUGGUUUAUGUUUAUCUGCAAGGGUGAAGAAAUUUCCAACAUAUGUAGAUAAAUGCCAUCAAGACGAUACAGAUUUUACAAAAUGUAUGUUGAAAGCGAUCCAAAAUGUCAAGCCUCAUCUCAAAUCAGGCAUUCCGGAGUUUAGAUUGCCUAAAAUGGACCCGCUGAUCCUUCCAGAAGUUGGUUUGGAUGCGGGUGCUGGAUUCAUAGCAAAAUUUGAGAAUGUAGAGAUCUAUGAUGCAGAUAAAUUUACAAUAAGAAAAUUCGAUAUCGACCUGGACGAAGAUAAGAUCAAAUUCGAUAUGUCCUUCCCUCACAUUAGAAUUAAAGCGCAUUAUUCUAUUUUUGGAAAAGUGCUGUUCUUUAAUUUGGAUGGUUCAGGUCCUGCAGAUGGAAAUAUAACAAAUUGUCGUGUGAUGGCAACCGUAAAUGGCGAACGAUACGUUAACCAAGACAAACAGUACCUGAAACUCACAGAUAUCGCCAUCGAGGGAAUGGAUUUUGGAAAACCGAACUUCCAGUUUUACAAUUUGUUUAAAAACAAUCCCGAACUUACUGAGCAAACCAAUCGCAUAUUAAAUGAUAACAUGGAGGAACUACUUAAUGACCUAAGACCAAAUGUGGAACAGACCAUCGGAAAAACCGUUUUGGAAUUUAUAGGAAGGGUAUUUACGCGUUUCUCUAUCGAAGAACUAUUCCCUAAAUAAAACGGUAUCGCAAAGGGUAUUUGCCCAGGGGUUAAAUUAAUAAAUAAAGGCAAUCUCGAUAGCCUUUGACAAUAGUUGAGCAAUUAUAUUGUUUAUAUAGUAGUGCUUGUGGCAUAUUAUUUAUUUUUGUAAAGUACUUAUUAGUAUCUAAGAAUAUUAUUGUUGUAUUUUUUAAUAAAGUGUAAUUAGAUAACGGUC